GGCUACGACUUCCGAGGGCAUAUCAGGAAAUUUCCACGAAACUCUGUCUCUCCCUGAACCGAGUCCAACCCUUGAACAGCCUAUAUAAUAAUACCACAGACUCAAUUCUAUACCCAACGUCAGAUGCAUCUUUCAUUUUUGCUUUUUGUUUUUCAAAUCACUCCUAAAUUUUGAAACAGAAUCAGUAAUCAACCAGCUGGAAGAAGGGCUUUAUUCGGAAAUAUAGGAAUAAUGGGUAGGCCAAAAGAUGAGUACUACUGGAAUCAAGUUGAUAGAGAAGAAGAUGGUGGCUUGAAGUGUAAGCAUUGUGGACUGAAAUUCAAAGGAGGAGUUUCAAGAAUUAAAGCACAUAUUGAUCUAAUAGAAGGAAAAGGCAUUCGUAUAUGCCCCACAUCUCCCAAAUGUAUCACAUCUUCAGAUCAUUCCCAUCAAGAUAUCAAUGCCAUCACUCUAUCACAAGGGGUAGAAAGUAAUUUAGAAAUGGAUGGUGGUGCAAGUACAUCAUUAGCUGCUUCAUUUGAAGGUAACGAAGAACAAUGUGAUACUGGUGUUUUAACUACUUUGCAAAGUAAAUUAGAUGAGUUGAGGUCCGAUCUAACACGUGAAGAAAAGGACAUUCAGGGACAAUUACAAUUGCUGGAGUCACAUGGCAAGAGGUGCAAGAGAAAGGUUGACCUUUGGUUGAAUGAAAUACAAAACAUGAAACAAAGAGCUAUUGAUAUGAAAAACUCACUGAAUCAGUUUCGGUGCUCUGACUUUUAUGUACCACAAGGAGAAAUGUAUUCGGCUGAAGAAUCGCAAAAGAAAAUACAACAUUUGACUGAAGAAAUUCAAAAGCAUAAGAAAUUGAAGCCUCUGGUGUUGUCUAAUGAAUAUUUUGGUAGGAAAUUUGAGAAAAAUGUUGAGACGUUGUGGAAGCUUAUGAGAGAUGAUCGAGUUUUCAUCAUUGGCAUAUAUGGAAUGGGGGGAGUGGGAAAAACAUUCCUAGCAAAGUACAUGCAGAGUGAGAUAAAAAGGACCAAAACUUUCGAGAAUGUCUUAUGGUUCACUGUUCCUUAUUCUUUUUCCAUUUUCAGUUUGCAAGAGGACAUUGCAAAAAUAAUAAAGGUAAGGUUUCACACCUACGAUGAGACCGAAAGAGCAAUGAUUUUGACCAAAGAGUUAGAAAAAAGAGGAAACAUAAUACUUAUUUUGGAUGAUGUAUGGAGAUAUGUUGACUUAGAAAUGGUAGGAAUUUCUCUCAGAAUAAAUGGUAUUAAAUUGAUCAUCACAAGUCGGUUGAGAGAUAUCUUCCAACAGAUGGAUUGUCUAUCCAUUAAUAUAAUAGAAGUGAGCCCUUUCUAUUAUUAUCAUCAUUAUAAUUCCUGUGAUAUUUAUUAUCGUAAUGAUUAUGAUGAUGAUUCUGAUGAGGAUGACGAUAAAUAUGACGAAGCUUUGAAGUUAUUUUUGCUGAAACUUGGAUCCUAUGGGACACCCUUAACACUUUCCCCUGAAGUGCGGGAUAUUGUAAGAUAUGUUGUAAAGGAGUGUGAUGGUUUACCCCUUGGAAUCAGUGUGAUGGCUCAAACCAUGAAAGGGAAAACUGAUAUCCAUUGGUGGAGACGUGUGCAAAAUAAAUUUGACAAAUUGAAAAUGGGAGUAGAGAUGCAGGAUAAAGUUUUCACUGUAUUAAGAAGGAGCUAUUUUAAUUUAAAAGAAAAGGACUGGCAAAAGUGUUUCUUGUAUAUUGCAUUGCUACCUAAUUUUAUGCGUAGAAACUGUUUGAUUAAGAAGCUUGUUGAUACAGGACAAUUAGAGGGAAACGGGAGUUUGGAAGAAAUAUUUGACGAGGCAAAUGUCUUAGUCGAUAAGCUCGUAAACGAUUCUUUAUUGGAGGCGAACAAGGAGAAGGAAAUAAAGCAUCUUUCAUCAUAUAAAAAUGAUUUGGUAUUGUCAAUGCAUGGUUUAGUGAGGAAAAUGGCGUUGAAUAUCUUGAAGCAGAGUGUCAAUAACAUGAUGAUAAAAUGUAAUGGAAAUAUGACAAAAAUACCUUACACUGAGAAAUGGGCAACUGAUUUGGAAGUAGUUUCUCUUGCUCAUAACAAUAUACAAGUAAUUCCAGAGGGAACAUCUCCAAAUUGUCCACGCCUCUCGACCUUGCUUUUAUUUGAAAAUUCCAUUUACCAUAUUCCAGAGUGUUUCUUCGCUCACAUGGAGGCUCUAAAGACACUUGAUUUAUCAAAAAAUAAAUCCUUAACAUGUUUGCCUCAUUCGCUAUCUAAUUUGACGUCUCUCACUUCCUUAAUGCUCCAUGAAUGUUCAGAAUUAAAUUAUAUACCUCCACUGGGAGAGCUACAUUCAUUGUUAAGGUUACAGAUUUCAAGUUGCUCCAUCAAAGCACCGCCGCAAGGUUUAGAAAAUCUAAUAAACUUGAAAUGGCUAGAUCUGUCCAUGAAUAAGAAUUUGAAGUUAGUACCAGGAAGUUUUCUCCCUAGUUUGACGAAAAUUCAUUACCUUGAUCUUUUGGGUUGUGCAGGAGGCAUAGAAGUAGAAGAUGUAAAGGGAAUGACUAUGCUGGAAUGUUUUGCGGGAACCUUUGUCGUUCAAGAUAAUUACAAGGAUAAUUUCAGCCGUUAUGUGCGAGAAAUCUUAGACAGUACUAAUGGACCUCAAACUUAUUUCAUUAAUCUAGACAAUAAGCGUAAUAUGUCUACUUUAAUUGAAUAUCCUUUUUCCAGAUUUAAGGAUAGAACUAUGAGUUUUAGUGAUUGCAAAGAAUUGAUACAUUUUCUCCCAAGAGAUCUUCUGAAAUUAGAAUUGAAGUACAAUGAUCAUUGGAUAUGCUUAUGCUAUGGUCUGUCAUCAUAUGAUAAUUCUCUUCUGGAGGAAAUUCGCAUUUAUGAUUGGAAAAAACUCAAGAGCUUGUUUUGUUCAUCUUGUUACUUAUGCACCGAUAUCAAAAACCUUCAAUCUUUGAACCUUAAUUGUUUAGAGAGUUUAACUGUCAUUUGCAAGAAAUUGCCUGAGAAUGACAUGUUCUCUAGUCUCAAAACCUUGUGUGUCCACAAAUGUCAUCAAAUGAAGAUUUUGCUGACAUCAAAAUUAGUGCGACAACUUCAAAAUCUAGAGUCUAUAACCGUGUCACACUGCAAUUCAAUUGAACAAAUAUUUGGAGUGGCUUAUGAUAAAGACAAAGAUGAAGAAGAUGAAAAUGAAGAUUAUGAAGAUGAAGAAGAUGAAAAUGAAGAUUAUGAAGAUGAAGAUGAUGAAGGUGAUAGUAACAUAAUUAUACUUCGUAAGUUGACGUGGUUGAGCAUCACAUAUUUACCGCAACUAAAGACCGUGUAUAAGGGAAUUUUAAUUUGUACAUCUGGAUUUAAAUCAUCCAUAGAAAAUUGUCCCCAAUUAUGUAAACCCAGAAUAGAAUAUGAGGCUUCAUGAUUGUCCCAAAUUCAAAUUAUGUGAACCCAAAAUAUGAUUGUGAAAUUGUUUUACGCAUUUUUUUCUUUUAUUCAAUACUGUAUGCUUUCAUAAACUAAUUGAAGGGACACGUUUUUCCAAAUCA